AUGGAAAUGCUUUCAUGCGACCAACUUCUUCUUGAUCAUGAUCACCGCGACGAGCAGAGCUCAGACAGAACCGCCGCACGCGAGGAUUCCUCAACGCCUCUUUCAGACGGCCAUGACUGCGACAACUACGUCAAAUAUCCAGUAAAUACUAUUCGAGUAAUGAAAAGACAUCCAUUGAAGUGGCCGCGACAAAUCGUCACUCUCAUGGGCAUCCCUGGCGUCCUACCCAUUCUUCCUAUUACUCCAACACCCAUAUCAGGUUUCCCCGACACCGUCAGUAUCUCUGGGAUUGAUUACUCCAUUAAAGAGGGUCAUGCCUGUACUCCGAAGGUUGUUGGCAUGCUGCCCUUCUACGAAUUGAGACAUCUCGUUUCUAUCCUCGUUGAAUGGUGCCGUAGAGACAGAGCGGUUAGCUUGACUACGUGGCCGUGGCCGAACGAACUUCCACUUCAAGUAGGAGACCGGUACCACCAUCUAACGGCCUUUCCCGUCAUUAUGUGUGGGACAGCUGCCUUUAUGGCAUACAUAGAUGCUGCACACCGCAGCGUACUUCGGGGACUAUUCCAGGGAGUUCCUGGUGACGAAUUAUUUCGUCGAGCAGCUGCGGCUCAGAAUGAUGAUGCACUGGAUCCGUAUGACUUCGCCAUUCUUCUUGCGCUUGCGCAGGAUCAGAAAUUUGGACAUAUCCAGCCUGAGGAAGGGAUAUAUACGACGAGAAUUUUCUACCCCAGCUCUACUUGUGAGGAAAUGAUCUUCAUUACUGCAAGGGUCCCAGAAGAAACUAUAUCUGCGCUAGAAAACGACGAGUUUGGAUUGCGGAAGGUAGAGAUCUUCAAGUCGACUGCAUCGCUCGGGAGGAAUGAAGCCUGGACUAAAAGUGAAUUUCUGAAGGCGCUAGUGACCUUGAUGGAGGAGAUCAUUUUAACCGCGGCCUCGACUGUCAAGCCCAGGGGCGGAUUCUUCGGUGAUGACGGGGGAACCUGA